AUGGACCUCAUCUGCAUCCACUUCCUCCCCCCGCUGGAUUCUAUUCAGAUCUGGGUCCACUUAACUGGUAUACCUGUUGAUCUCCGACAUGAUGAAGGCCUCAGUUUGGUUGCUGGACUGGUUGGGGAACCCAAGGAGACAGAUGACUUCACUCUGAAUCUUGUGAGUUUAACUUUAUCUCACGUGAAAGUAGAGGUCGACCUCACCCAACCGUUACCAGACGUCGUAGAAUUCACUCGAGAAUCAGGCGAAGUUGUGGAAGUAUCAGUCACCUACCCAUGGGUCCCUCCGACUUGCUCCCACUGCAAAGAGUUAGGACACAUAAGCAGAAACUGCUUACAACUACCUCAACAACCAAAGAAUGCAACUUCUACCUAA